AUGGAAGCUAACGCGUUUACGAAUGAACCUAAUGGGACAGUUGGUGAUGGUGAUUUUAAGUGCACUCCUGAUAGUUCUGGUACUUGUACUGUUACAGGUGAUGUCUUUACAACUCUCUUUAAGGAAGAAGUUCUUCCAACUACCUCAGACUCUACUGAAAGUUCUAACUCUGGUACCACAAGGAGUUCCACUGCGAAAGGAGAUCAUGGUCCGCCCCAAGAACCAGUUGAGACGGCACAGGAAGGGGUUCGUGCAGGACAACCAACACUCUCUACAAAUCCAGGAACAUCUUUACAAGAAAACCAAAAUGAUCCAAACGGUUUGCAUGAAAGAGAAAGAGGACAACUUACCGUUCUUCCGUCCACCGCCCAAGAACAAAGUAGAGGUGUUAAAGACAGUUCAUCGGUUACUUCUGCCCCUCAACCGGGCCACAGUAGACCUGAUAGUGAAGGUGAACCCAAUGGAGAAGAACAAAUCCAACCUGCAGAGUCUACUCCAACUACAGAAGGUAACCCAGGAUCAUCAAAUAACACAGGGGAUCAAACUACAACGGGCGAUUCUAAUACUACCGAGCAAGCAUCUCCUGCAGAGAGCGGUACGACUGGCAUCGAAGGUUCACAGGGGAAUGGCAAUGCUGAUGCAACAGCCACCAGAACUAAUACUACCACAGAAGCACCAACCACCACUCCAUCUCCUGUUCCCGUAACUGACCCAAAGAUCAGCAGCACCAUCACUUCCAAUGUGCAGAAGAAUAAGGCUAAUGUUGACAGCAGUAUCAGUCCUGUGUGGAUGCGCACUGCAGCACCUCUGCUGAUUAUGGCUGUGUUGUUCUCCGUUACCCUGUACUGA